UGGAUUGAGUUGUUUACACACGAUAACUUUAAUACAGUUGCGAAGCUGCUGCCCAAUGGCCAUGGCCUUUCAGAUUAUAGCUUCUUCUUCACCAACGAUUACACAAUCUCGCCUUCUCUCUUUCCCUCCUCUGCAAUCUUCCUGUAAAGCUUCGAGCUUUAAGCUCUCCUCAUGGGCUUCUCUCCUGGGUUCUUCUUCUCGUUUCUCUCCCUACGUUGGCUUAAAGCAUAUGGGCAUCUCCAUCUCCCCGAAAUCUUCAAACCCAGAGAAGAAGAGAAGAUGUAAUAACGGUUUAGUGAUUCGUGCGUCUUUGUUUGGUGUUGGAGCACCUGAGGCUUUGGUUAUUGGUGUUGUCGCUUUGUUAGUCUUUGGUCCUAAAGGCCUUGCAGAGGUAGCUAGAACUCUUGGGAAAACACUGCGUACAUUUCAGCCCACCAUUAGAGAGCUACAGGAUGUUUCAAGAGAUUUCAAAAGCACACUUGAGCGUGAAAUUGGACUCGAUGAAAUCUCAACGCCAGAUGUGUACAACCAGAACAUAAUGAACACUGCUCGUCCUCCUCCACCAUCUGUUAGAAACAUUGAAGAUCCUUUGACUGCAAGUGAGCCCAAUGAUGCUCAAUCACCAAAAGCUUACACAGCCGAGGAUUACCUCAAGAUCACUGAAGAGCAGCUCAAAGCUUCAUCUCCUGGUAAAAGCCAAACAGAGGAUCAAACUCAGACUCAAGAGCCGCUGCAACCACCAGCGGUACAAAGCCAGCCUGAAGUUACAUUGAGAGAGACCAUGGCUGCAUCUCCACCAAUGCAAGAUUGAAAGGCACCAAAAGCAUAAACAUCAAGGUCACAUAAAGAUCAAAUAGUGCAUACUGCAUAGAGGCGCAUCGCCUAUCAAGAUCAAAAACUAGUCAACAUGCCACAUGACAGUAUAUUAAUGAAUAUUCUAUUUGUAUCCAUGACUAAAACGUUUUGACACGCGUGUCAUUAACCAAAUCACAUUUUAGUUAAUUAAAUCUUAUUGAGGUGAACGGCAGAGUUAUUCCAAAUGGUACAAACAUCUGGAUUGAUGUGGUGGCGAUGCACCACGACCCCGAGUUGAGAACUAGAGUAAGGCAGUACAAAUGGUCAAAAUCUUGGCGAUUCAAGUUCAAGGACAAGUCAAUGGAACACACAUUAUCAACUGGUCUCUGGUUUGUACGGUGAUAAUCAGAUGCUUCUAGAUGAUAUAGUUGAGGAAGGCUCAGUCCUAGUGGAGAAGUUUGCCUCAGUAGAGAUAUAUAACAAAGCUCGUUUACUGCUGAAGUUGAUUCAUAUGGAGUUCAUUGGAGGCAAAGCCCGUGACAAUGGGCUGUUAGUUGCAGGUCAAAUCAAGAUUUAUGUGUGAAUUCUCACAGAAAGAUUAACAUAAGAGACGAGCUCAGUUCAAAGAAGAAGCGUAAGUGUGGUAAGUUUUGUGGCAUUUCAAGUACAAACACAAUACUCGAGACAAAGACGAGCUUGAUACCAGUCACCUAAACCUGUUCUUGGGACAAAGAGAAAUAACCAUGGAAGGACUUGCUUACCCUCAUAACCAUGGAAGUUAUAAGGAGCUUACACCACUUGUAGAGCAGAUUUCUAGAGAUCCGACCGAAGCUGGAUACAAGUUGGCCUCUUAAUGUACUCAGCUCACAAAGAAAAUAUUAUGAAUGAGUUUGUAUCCAGUGAUCAUAUACGCUUGAGACUGCUUCUAUGGGGAGCUAUUAAAGAUUUGACGCUCUCAGGACGUGACCUUUAAGAAGUUUCUAAACAAAUAACAAGUUGUUAUUAACAACCAAACCAAAAAUGAGCAGCGUUACAAAUUUCUUAUCGAACCAGCCAAUCUGUUUUCAUUAGUUGAGUUUUGAAUUGUGUAUAAAAGAAUAAACUAAAUUAAGUAAAAAAUCAUACUCUAUAAUUUUGGUUUGACUAUAAUAUAAGGAAGAUAUUUUUGAAAACGGUUUUCAUCCUUUACUAGAAGUUACCUUUUGUGUAUGUUUGGGUUUCUAUAUGUAGUCUAAACAAAGAGGGAUUUAUGAAAGAAAAAAAAAAGGCUGAGCAAAGCAAAUAUCAUAGCUAGGAAGUAUCAUUCAAAGGACAUAUCACCAUGAAGACUUUAAUCGUAUUUGUUUUUGCUGCUAUGUUCUUCAUAUCCUCGAUCCACUAUGGUGCAACAGCCGCUACUACUCCAAAUUUUAAGGAUAUCGAAUGCUUCAGCGGAACAGAAGCAUGCUUCUAUGGAGGCGACAGAAUCUGCACUGCAUUUUGUAAAGAACAUAAAUUUUUUUAUGGUUUGUGUACUCCUCAUGCAUGUUGUUGUCAUAUCCCAACAGGUUCGAGAUGAAAUGAGCUAAUCAUAUGUUUUGUAAUAUCUAUACAUAUGAUCUCAAUCGAAAUCAAUAAACUCUACUAAAUCAAA